GGAUCCGCAUCGGGCGGGUCGGCGCUCGGCUGGCCGCGCCUGUCGCCGCUGCCGCUGUCGCGUUGGCGCCGCGGGCCGCGGGCCGGGAGGCGCCAUGACCAACGUUUACUCCCUGGACGGGCUCCUGGUGUUCGGGCUACUACUGGUUUGCACUUGUGCGUACCUGCGGAAGGUGCCCCGACUGCGCACCUGGCUCCUGUCUGAGCGCAGGGGGGUCUGGGGAGUCUGCCACAAGGCUGCUGUGAUUGGGACCCGCCUGCACGUGGCUGUGUCCGUAUCCUGUCUUCUCAUGGCCUUCUACAUCCUUGUGGGAAAGUGACCACUUGUGGACCUGCUGGUGACCUGAGACCUGGGACCGAUUAGAGAUCCUGUGACUGAUUCCAAAGACCCCAGUAUGGACCAGAGACCCUGGUACUAAUCGCAGUGUCCCAGUACCAAGCAGAGACCCCAUUGCUGACCCUGGAGACCCUGGUACUGAUCCUGGAGAUCCCAGUACUGACCCCGAACCACUCCCAGUCCUGCCCUUGGCAGCAACCUGGAUCCUUCGUGUGGCAACCCAGGGACCAUCAUGGCCUGUCACCCUCCUUGAGCCCACCAAGGGCAAUUGUGGGAGCCAGCAGGGCAACUUUGGACUGGUGGAAAAGGAUUUCCCAUGAAAUCUGUAGAGAAGUGGGUGAAGGGACCCUCAACACUGGGGGACCCAGGUCUGCCCUGUAAGCCCUUUCUCUUGAUGCUGAGCAGGGUCCUAGUGAGACCAUGGCAGGCUCUGGGGGCCAGGCAGGGUCCCCCCUGAUCCGUGGGAUCUUCCUAUGCCCCUGCAGCAUGAGGAGCCUUCAGGGGAGUCUCCUUCUGCAGUGGGGGGUUGGUGACCCCCCUGGUUGUAAAUAUUGAACCACCACGUGCAAAUAAAGUGGGGGUUCCUCUGUGGCA